AGUAUGCAGCAGCUUCGUCGUCUACAACUACAUCUUCUGCGUUGUUCGCUCAGCCUGCUUCUGCUACAUCUACGCGUACACUUAUGGGCGCGCCUGGGGCAUCCUCGUCUUCUUCCACUUCGGUGUUUCAUCAUCCUGCCCCUACAUCGUCGUCUACGGUUUUUUCUGGGUCUUCCUCUUCGCUGUUUCGUGGUCAUGAUCAGCUUGCAGGUGCAUCGCCUUCUUCUUCGGUCAUGUCGAUGCGAAUGCCUACCGGCAAGUCCAACAUCAAGGGCAUGGGAAAGAAAGGCAAAGACGGCAUGGGAAAACCGAAAGGCCCCGAUCCAUCCACGAAUAUGCUGCACCUUCGUCAGCAGCUCUUGCAGUAUGGCUACAACCAGAACCGACCGCAAUUCUUCGAAGGUCAACACAAUAUGGCGAAGAUGAGCUCGAUGAAGAAGUCCGCCAGUAAAAAGGCGGCGGCUAUUUCUGUGGCGAACAAGAAGGCCAGCGCUGGCAAAGCUGCGUCUUCUUCUACUUCUUCUGCCAAAAAAGGUAAGGGCGUUAAGACGAGCAACGACAAGACUACGAGUAAGACAGCCAAAGGCUCUGCCUCCUCAUCAACAACGACGAAGAAGGACAACAACAGCAACAACGAAAGCCACAGUGCCAAAAAGGCUUCGCAGUCCAAGCCCAAGAGCAAGACCAACCCCGGCAAGGAAGCAAAUGGGCAGGCGUCUCCUGCUUCAGAAUCUGGCUCCGCUGGGCCGGCGAUGAAGCGCCCUGGACGCAAGCCGGACCCGAACUCGAUCCGCGCAAAAAAGUUAAGGCUAGACUGUCUUGCUCAGUCACGCACCAUCUCUAGCGGUAUCUUUCAGCCGCCACAUGUGUCGUAACAUAAGGGGGACUUUGACGCAUGUGCCUGAAGAAUAUCCUCAGGGAUGAACUUGGGAAAUAUCUUCUAAAGAAAAGAGCGAGGAGGGCGGAGAAAGAGAACGCAGCCAAGAUGGCACUUCUAGAAGAAGAAGAAGAAGAAGAAGGCAACGCUUCUACGAUGGAGAAGGAAACCAAAAAUCUGCAGCAGGAGCAGUAUGAGAUCAAAGACAACUCAGGCAUUGAUAGCGGUGGCGACGAUUAUCCUCAUGAUGAUGAUGAUGAUGAUGAUGAAGAUGGCGAUUGGCAGCAGGCUGCUGAAAACGAUGUGGAGGUAAAUGAACAUCAACCAGGAAACGUCGAACCUGCUGGCCAUCGUGGUGCCUCUGGUGUGCCUGCGCUGCCUCCGGGCUUCGAGGCUUUCCCCUCCGAUUUGCAGGACUUGAUCACGAUCGCGCGCCUGCACCCGAUCCCGGAAGGUCAUGAGAGUGAAGCAGACAUCACGCCAGACAACAACAACAACAACAACAACAUCAACAAGAUGACGGCGAAGACGUUUCCGAAGUCGAACAAGACAGCAUCAGCAUCACCUACGAGCGAUAGCGCUGCCAACCCGAUUUCUGACGAUGAUUUUUAAGGCUGUGCCUAAUACAUCUCUGGCCGCGUCCUUGAAACGUAUGGAAGAGUAUCCUAAGGGAAUGCCCUCCCAUACUUUUCAAGGAUGCACUCGAAAGAUGAAUUAUGGAUAGUUCUAAGAUCUGAGGAAGAUUGCCCAGCGCAUUUAUCCUGGCGUUACUGAUUUCCCUCCCGCUGUUCUUGCCGAUUUCCGGAAACACGGCGUGGGCAAACACUCACCAAAGGCUCCUGCGCCUCCUGAGAGUGAGCGCGUCGUUACAGUCGAGGAAUUGCGAGCGCCUCCUGAGAUUCCUCCUCCUAGUUCUUCGAGUUUGAAAUUGAAACCGACGUCGCGCCCGAUCUCCAACGACUUCGGGAAGCUUUCCGCUGGUAUAAAGAUACAUAGUCUAUUUAUCAUAUGCGAGGGCAUUUCUAUUCUAAUACCAAUGGACUACUUUGGUAGGGAGACAUCACCAUGCCCAUAUCGUGGCCAGUCUCUCUAAGUAUUGUUUUCGUUCUUACUCUUCUUCACGAACAAGAUCAACCUCAGAGUCAGAAUUAUACUGCAUCCGACGCUCUUCUUCCCAUUCGAGCGGCAACUUCAUAGGUACUGGCGGCGAGUAUGUCUUACGUCCAGCCGCCACGACGUCGGACGCAGUGCCUGGAGAUCGUCCGCUGCCGCAGCUCCUCCAGCGAAUCCAGGCGGAUAGUCCUACUCCGUUACUCCCAGGCACCACCAUCAUCUCCACCGCCAGCCCUAACGCACAAGUAGCUUCGAACUCGAACAAGCGGCGAGUAUCUUCUGGGAUGUUUCGCAGUAAAAUCGCAAUGACGCGCUACUUCUCGCCGAAGCCGGUCGACCGCACCCCGGACGAACCUGACCUGCAGCGAUCAGGGGCCCGCCGGGUUAGCUCGUUCGGCUCAGCCCGCAAACCUGCCACGAACAUCAUGCGAUUUUCGAAGGUAAACGAGCCGAAUUUUAAGGGUAGGCUUAGGCUCAGGGUGAUUCUGUUCCCGUUUGUUAUGGCUCUCCUAGGCAGGACAGCCACUGCCAUAACAAGCGGGAUAAAAGAACGCUAAGCUCUUACCUCUAAGAAUCUUGAAACUGAUGCAGACGAACAGCUAGACCCGCAACAGAAUGGCGAACCCUCUAAGAAUCUUGAAACCGAUGCAGACGAACAGCUAGACCCGCAACAGAAUGACGAACAACGAGCCCCACAACAAGAGCAGAUGA